CGGGGGGCGGGGGCUGCGCCCGAGCCCGAUCCGCCGCUCCGGCUCCGAGCAGUGGUGUCGGGGAAAGGGUCCUUGUCCAGCACAGAUGCGUUUGUCGGAGGGAGCAGUGGAGGUUCGCGUCAAGGCGUACAGCCUGGGGCUUCCAAUGAUGUUCUGGGCAGCGAUGGAAGCCUAGAUGCCUCACCGCAAGGAGCGGCCGAGCGGGUCCUCGCUUCACGCCCACGGCAGCACCGGCACGGCGGAGGGAGGAAGCAUGUCUCGGUUGUCUCUUACCCGGUCGCCUGUGUCUCCCCUGGCCGCCCAGGGGAUCCCGCUGCCAGCCCAGCUCACGAAGUCCAAUGCGCCUGUGCACAUCGACGUGGGCGGCCACAUGUACACCAGCAGCCUGGCCACACUCACCAAGUACCCAGACUCCAGAAUAAGCCGCCUCUUCAAUGGCACCGAGCCGAUUGUCCUGGACAGUUUGAAGCAACACUAUUUCAUCGACCGGGAUGGGGAGAUUUUCCGCUACGUCCUGAGCUUCCUGCGGACGUCCAAACUGCUGCUUCCUGAUGACUUCAAGGACUUCAGCCUACUGUACGAGGAGGCGCGCUACUACCAGCUGCAGCCCAUGGUGCGCGAGCUGGAGCGCUGGCAGCAGGAGCAGGAGCAGCGGCGCCGCAGCCGGGCCUGCGACUGCCUGGUGGUGCGCGUCACGCCGGACCUGGGCGAGCGGAUCGCGCUCAGCGGCGAGAAGGCCCUCAUCGAGGAGGUCUUCCCCGAGACCGGGGACGUCAUGUGCAACUCGGUCAACGCUGGUUGGAACCAGGACCCCACGCACGUCAUCCGCUUCCCGCUCAACGGCUACUGCCGGCUCAACUCGGUGCAGGUCCUGGAGAGGCUCUUCCAGAGGGGUUUCAGCGUGGCCGCAUCCUGCGGGGGGGGCGUGGACUCCUCCCAGUUCAGCGAGUAUGUGCUUUGCCGUGAGGAGCGGCGACCACAGCCCACCCCCACUGCUGUCCGAAUAAAGCAGGAGCCCCUGGACUAGGCCCUGCCUCAGUGUCUACCUGAGGCCCCUUGGCCCUAGGGACACCCCCAGGGACCUGGGAACAGCACUGGGGAGUUCUGCCUACGCCUGCUUAGUGGUGGGCAUGAGACUGAGGGUGGGGCCGGAGGGUCCAGAGCCCGCCUGGGGAGCCCCAAGGCCCGGGGCGUCAUGACAACAGAACGUGGGAUGCUGGAGGCAUGCCCACCAGAGGACCGUGGAUGUGACCCAAAGAUGCCGAGGUGGGAACUCCGCCGCCAGUCGUCUGCGCCCCUCGGCUCCCAGCCUGGUACAGCACCCUGGAGGCUCUGCACGUGCCGAGGCGGGGUCAGCAGAGGCCGCCCCGGUCCACUCCAGAGGAGCGGUCCGUCUUUCUCCACGCGGCAGACUCCAGUGGGUCUCCUUGCGUCAGAGAUGGCUUAUUUUUCUACAGUAUUUAAGACGGAAGUAACUGUCAGUGCACAAGUCACAGAGGCCUACAAGGACCCCUGCUUCUUCAUCUGGUGCUCAGAUCAGUGGGACGGGGCGGCACGGCCGCGUGGGGGGUGGUGGCAGAGCUGCGGGACCCUCUGCCCGGGUUCCUGCAGAACAGGGCUUGGAGACCCCUGGUCCCUGCUCUAGGGAUGGAGGGCCCCCAAGGCAGUGCCAACGGGGCUGAAACACGGCCCCCACGGGGUGGGCUCACUGGGAGGAGGGUGGUACAGGCGUGAGGGAGGGACCACUCUGGGACCUUUCGAGACCCUGUCUUUGCUGCCGCUUGGGGCACAGGCCACACUUGAGUGUCACUUGACCUGCCCAUGCCCGGGGGCUUUGGUUCCCAUCUGUGUGUGCCCACGCGGGCUCCGAGAGAAGUCACUCCCCAUCGGGAUCAGCACCGGGGCCACACUGCAUCCUUACCUCAGGAAUGGGCCCCACGGUGAAGGAGCCCAUCUGUCAGCAGCAUCCUCUGGGUCCCCAGCUCAGGAAGCCGUCCCCCACUCUGAUUUUCCCACACUCACCUGCAUACUGAAUUUUUAAUUAAACUGUGGUUACACUAGUCUGCCAGUAAGGCCCAGAGAGUCAGACCUUGGGUUCUUGGCCCCAGAUUCCAAUGAGGACUGCCCGCUAGAGUCCUCGCAGACCUGCUGCCUCCCAGACGACAGGCCCAAAGAUGGAUACCCCCUGUCUUGUCACACUUCCCCUCCCCUCCCCUCCCCAGAUGACUCUUCCCCAGGGGGUGGAGAGACUGCAGAGAACUGCUGGGCGGGUGGGGCGUCCCGGCCGGCCCCGCCCCUUGUACGAUGCCCGUAGACUUGUAUAUGACUCCUUUAAUAUUGUAAAGAUGCUAAUGUACAAUUGUCGUGUGUUUGUGCAAACACAUUAUGUUUCUAGUUCAUGCCAUAAAUGAUGCUAUAAAGCGAAA